UAGCAAGCAGGUAACAUAAUGCAGAAAAUGCAAAGGCAGGAAAAAGAUGAGGCCGUUGGGAAUAUUAUCAUUUUCCUCAGACAUAUUCUGAAAUUACAAAACAAUACAGGACUAAAAUGACAUUAGUCAUUAUGCCUUUAUGCAUUAUGUUACCUGCUUGCUAGCUUGCUAAACUGUUAGCCUCUGUAACGUUAAUAUUGCCGUUGCUUAGCAGCAGUGUUCUCACGAGUUAACCUGUUGUAAAUACCAGCUCAGGAGUUUCACUUGAACGCACCAUGACUAAUGUACCUGUAGUCAGCUGUACAGUUGUCAGGAUGGCCGAGCGGUCUAAGGCGCCAGACUCAAGGUUCACUCCUUCCUGAGCAAAGGGACUUCUGGUCUCCAAAUGGAGGCGCGGGUUCAAAUCCCGCUUCUGACAGACUUUUUCUCCGUGUCAUUUCUCUCCUCCUAUGUGAAGCUUUCUCUCUCUCUCUGUCUCCACCGGUGGGCAGGCGAGCAGUUUCCAGAGCAGAGGAGAGUCGUCACACAGGAGAGUGAACUUUCUUUUGUUUCACUCCAAACUCGUGUUUCUCGACGCGUAAAAACUUUUGGAGAGCACCCUUCCUCACUCCUCCUCCUCCCCCUCCUCCUCCUUUUUCCUUGCAUGCGUGCGUAAUUAGCUGGAGAGCUUGGAGUUUGGAAACUUGUGAUGUCCGUGAAGAAAUCUCACUUUGUUUCUGACACCUGUUGCUGAGGACACUGCGCACAACAACGAGGAGGUUUCUGACUUUAUUUCCACAUUUCUACUGGACAAAUUGGGACUUUUUGGGCACUUACACUCCCAUAUAUCGACUUUUUUGUGGCAUAUCUGUGAAGGUGACCGAGCAGAGAAGUGAAGGACAUUUAAGUGACACCUGGAAGAGUUUGCUCUCUGCAGCAGGCUGCUGUGGGAUCUCCAUAAAAAACACCGACCUGUCUGUAGCUUCCCAGCCGGACAGAGAGUCACUUUUUCGGACUAGAGAGCUUCGGAUGGUCGGGAGGAGAAACUUUUCCUGGAGAGCUGAGCAACAACUGGAUCCAAGCACAGCAGAGCAGGUUGGGUGCUGACCAUAGCAGACUUCAGGACAGAGGUGCUUUUUCCUCUGCUCCUCCCCCCUCUUUUCUCCGACUGUUCCAGCUGUAAACCCAAUAAUAUGACAGGGGAGCCGUUUGCUGAAGCCAGUGGAGUGUGGCAGAGUGGCUGAGAAAGAGUAGAGGAGAAAGAGAGAGAGAGAGAGGAAGAGCUGAUGAGAAACAUAGCGGCAGAGCGAUAGGAGGAGAGAGGCAACAGUGAUCAGCAGAGCACUUUCCUGAGCUCCGGCUGUGUGUCGGUGACGCGGCGGACCAUGGACACCAGGCCUGUCCGGAGGAAGCGACACGGUGCCGGGCGACAUCUGCUGCUGGCAGCCGCCUUCCUCGCCUGCAGCGCCCAGGUGCUGGUGGUGGAUGCCAACUCAUGGUGGUCACUAGCUCUGACCCCGAUCCAGCGGCCGGAGAUGUACAUCAUUGGAGCUCAGCCUCUCUGCAGUCAGCUGUCUGGUCUCUCCCAGGGCCAGAGGAAGCUGUGCCAGCUGUACCAGGACCACAUGGUCUACAUCGGAGACGGAGCCAAGACGGGCAUCAAGGAGUGUCAGUUCCAGUUCAGACAGAGGAGGUGGAACUGCAGCACUGUGGACAACACGUCGGUGUUUGGACGGGUCAUGCAGAUCGGCUCGAGGGAAACAGCCUUCACUUACGCCAUCAGCGCGGCCGGCGUGGUCAACGCCAUCAGCCGGGCGUGCCGCGAGGGUGAGCUCUCCACCUGCGGCUGCAGCCGCGCCUCUCGACCCCGCGACCUGCCGCGCGACUGGCUGUGGGGCGGCUGCGGCGACAACGUGCACUACGGCUACCGAUUCGCCCGGGAGUUCGUGGACGCUAGGGAGAGAGAGAAGAACUACCCGCGCGGUUCUGCCGAGCACGCCCGAACGCUGAUGAACCUGCAGAACAACGAAGCAGGGAGACAGGCGGCCUAUAACCUCGCAAACGUGGCCUGUAAGUGUCACGGCGUCUCCGGUUCCUGCAGCCUGAAGACCUGUUGGCUCCAGCUGGCCGACUUCAGACGCGUCGGCGAGUUCCUGAAGGAGAAGUACGACAGCGCGGCUGCCAUGCGCAUCGGACGCAAGGGCAAGCUGGAGCUGGUGGACAAACGCUUCAACACCCCGACACCGGAGGAUCUGACCUACAUCGACACCAGCCCCGACUACUGCCUCCGCAACGAGACCACGGGCUCGCUGGGCACGCUGGGCCGCCUCUGCAACAAGACCUCGGAGGGCAUGGACGGCUGCGAGCUCAUGUGCUGCGGCCGAGGGUACGACCAGUUCAAGACCUACAAGCACGAGCGCUGCCACUGCAAGUUCCACUGGUGCUGCUACGUCAAGUGCAAGCGCUGCACGACGCUCGUGGACCAGUUUGUGUGUAAAUAGCACGCCGACGGACGAUAGACGGAUGGAAGGGGAUGAAAAGGGAGAGUAGAAGAAGAGGGAGGAGGAGGGAGAAGGUAGAUGAAUUUUCAAGGUUUUGUUCAGGAUAAGUUAAAACACACAAAGUUCCAUUUUCUGACCAGUUUCCUUCUCUUCUCCAUUCAUAAAUCUCCUACCUGUGAAUAGCACAUUGAUGGAUAGAUUGAUGGUUGGGAAGGUGGACAAAGGUAAGAGUUUCGGACAACUCUGAUUUUUAUUUUUUCAAUGGAGACUCCUGUUUCUCACCACUCCAUCAUCGCAUCCUGUAAAAUAUCCUGAUCAAAACCCUGAAGGAAGGAAAGGAAGGACAAAAUGGACAAACACAGAAGGACAUCGAGGAUAAACGGACCUAGAAAGUGGACACAGUGUGAUGACAAAGACAUGAGAGAUUAAAUAAAUAUAUAAUUAAAUAAUAAAUAAACAUACAACUCUGAUUGUUAUUUAAAGAGACUCGAACAAACCUUGAGGCACACUUUGGACCCAUAAAACUCAUGUGUUCGGGAAUCCCACAAAUCAUUGCAGUCCUUUUGGAGUUUGAAGCCAUGCGGUGUCUCUUUCAAAGAACUUUUGACCUUUAACCCUGCAAGAGAGAUUCUCGCAUAAGUCGUGCUGACGUUGGCGUACACACUCGCAAUAAGAACACCAGAAAGAAAUGGCAAAAAAGUCCAGUCUGAGGCAGGCGGAUAAGAGCGAGUAGAAGAGGAAUCACAAAGGGAAAAAGUUCAAAUAUAAUGAGGAAGACUUACUUUGCAGCAAAAUUCUGAAGACAGUCUCACAAGCCACACGGCUGAAUUUCCAGCUGUAGAUUUCUGUUUAAAAGUGCAGUAAAAACACUUAAUCUUCAAGUCAAAAAGGACUAACGACUUCCAGUGUAACUACUGCUGUCAGAGCAGAUUUGCAGCACCUGUGACCUUACAAGUGUUUCUGUGCAGGUUAAUGAGGCUCGCCGGGCUGCGGCCAUCUUGGCACCGCGGACGUUUAAACAAGCAGCUCACACACGGCCGGGCGUCCUUCAUCUGACAGUGAAGUGAGCCUCCAUUAGUGAGAUUAAUGUGCCGUGUCUGCCUUAAUGAACCCGCACUAAGAGACACUGGAGUGGACCUCUUCAUCUCAUGUUGUUACGCAACUUGCUAAAGUCAACAAAAAGCCCUGUGGUGACCGGUUUAACAGUUUAUAAUACUGUUAUACCAUGAAUUCUGCAACUCGUAUGGGUCGGGUUGAGAAUAUUUUAAGUGUAUAAUGUAAUCCAAUCGAUAGACGCGGUUGAUAGCAAACAUGAAGAGGACUGAACGUGCUGUGGAAAAAUGAAUGUGUGAGCGUGGAAAAACAGAGAGGACUGCAAUUUAUUACGUGCUACUUAAAAAAAAGUAGUAGAUCAGAAAAGAAGGUAUAUUUUAUUAUUGUUUUUCAUUUUCUAUGUUUUAUACAUGAGUAUUAUUGUGUAUUCUUUUGAUAAAGUAGUCUUGGACAACAA